UGGGAUAAAGGAUAAAAUGUGUACACUAUAGUGGUUUGAAUGAGACUGGCUCCCAAAGGCUCAUAUAGUGAAUGCUUGGUUGCUACUUAGUGAAAUGGAGAAGGGUUAGGAGAUGUGACCUUGUUGAAGUGGGUGUGGCCUUUUGGAGGAGACAUGCCACUGGCAAUGGGCUUUAAGAUUUCGAAAACCCAUUCCAGGUUUAGCGUCUCUCUUCCUCUGCCUGACGCCUGUGGAUUUGGAUGUAAAGCUCUUAGCUGUUGCUCCAGCACCAGGCCUGUCUGCUCCCCACCAUGAUGAUAAAGGACCAACCCUCCAAAACUGUAAGUGGAAUUCCCUCAGUUUAAUACUUUCCUUUAUACAAUUUACAAUUGUAGUUCAUCACUGAGGGAAGGCAGACUAGGAACUCAAGCAGGGAAGGAACCUUGAGGCAGGAACUAAAGCGGCGACCAUGAAGAAAUGAUGGUUGCUGGCUUGUUCCCCAUGACUUGCUUAGCCUACUUUCUUAAAUCACUCAGGACCAUUUGCUGAGGUGUGGGACCACCCACAGUGGGCCAGGCCCCCUCUACAUAGUUAUUAAGAAAAUAUCCCCGGGACGGGGGAUGAGAUAGGGGGUUUAUGGACCAGAAACCAGGAAAGGGGAUAACAUUCGAAAUGUAAAUAAAAACAUAUUCAAUAAAAAAGAAAAGAAAAUGUCCCCACAGGUACACCUACAGGCCAAUUUAAUGGGUGACGUUUUUCUAAAUUGCGGUUCCCUCUAGCUUGUGUCAAGUUGAAAACAGACAGACAGACAGACAGACAAACAAACAACAACAACAACAGAUAACCACAACUAGUUAGGCCAGCCAGGGUCCAGACUGUGAUGAGUCUUUUCAUCUUGAGGUCCUCACCUGUGGUACAUUAAGGUACUCUAAGCAGCCUAAGCCAUUGGCGCUGUUCCCCGGGGUCUUGGGUUCUACGAAGAGGAGUUUAGGCUAGACCCUGGGCAGGACUGGGGUGGCUUUCUGGGCUGUGAAACAGCUCCAUAGUGACAUUGCCACUGACUUAGAUCAGCGGCAUGUCAGGUUGGCCAAAGGUGUCACUUUGCAGCAUCCACUGAUUAAAUACUGACUGUGCUCAUCCAUGCCUAUCCUGUGAUGUGUCCCAGGAGCUGCAGCAAAUUAACAAAGGGUUUGGUGUUUGGUUUUUGUGUCGAGAGAGCAUAUACACAAAAGUUCAUGUUAUCCUCACACAAUUUUUCAGUGCCGUUGUCUUUUCGAGGAUUCGAAUGUGAAGAAGCCCACCGUUACCAAAUUGUUAGCCUUAUUGGGCGAGAAUAAGAUCACUACUACACUUCUGAGCCAAAAUGGAAGCAAGCUUGAUUUUAUUGGGGUGCACCCAAGAGCUGGCCAGCGGCAACCAUCUCUUACGUCAGGUUAAGGAGAGCAGGGCCUCGUCCAUCUCUUGGGCCCCUUUUAAGGAAUUAAAUCACAAUUAGUUUCAAAUCAGGUUUACAGAAGAGAGACAAUGGGGCAAAAAGAAAUAUAUAAAAAUCUCAAAAAAAAAAAUCACCAUGUGGUUAGGGAAGGUUAGGGAAGUUAAGGAGGGUCACGGUGUCCUCAAAAAUAAGUCAAGAUCAUGGCUCCAGGAAACAGAUUUUAAAAACAGUAACUCAGCUCUUACAGUAAAUAAAAACUUUUUAAAAAUAACAUAGCAUUAUCACUUCUGCCUUCAAAAAUGGAGUCAGGUUGGUUCCUCAAAAUAUCAUUUGCUGUUUUGUAAUCACUGAUCUGUUAGUAAAAUGGUUAGCAGAGGUCUUCUUAUCCUAAUGGCAAAACAUGUGUGAAUCUGACAGUGUUUUAGUCAAUAUUCUAUUGCUGUGGAGAGAGACACCAUGACCAAGGCAACUCUUUUUUUAAAGGUUUCUUUAUUUUGUUUAUAUGAGUGCACUGUAGCUGUCCUCAGACACACCAGAAGAGGGCAUCAGAUCUCAUUACAGAUGGUUGUGAGCCACCAUGUGGUUGUUGGGAAUUGAACUCAGGACCUCUGGAAGAGCAGUCAGUGCUCUUAACCACUGAGCCAUCUCACCAGCCCCCAAGACAACUCUUUUUUUUUUUUUUUUUUUUUUGGUUCUUUUUUUCGGAGCUGGGGACCGAACCCAGGGCCUUGCGCUUCCUAGGCAAGCGCUCUACCACUGAGCUAAAUCCCCAACCCCUCCAAGACAACUCUUACAAAAGAACACAUUUAAUUGGGGCUUGCUUACAGUUUCAGAGGCUUAGUCCAUAAUUGGCACGGUGGUGACCAUGGUGGCACAUAGGCAGACAUGGUACCUGAGAGGUAUACAUCCAGAUCAGAAGGCAACAGGAAGAGAGACACUGGGCCUAGUGUGAGCAUAUGAAACCCCAAAGCGCCCCUCCCCCAUCCCCGACAAGCUUCUUUCAUCAAGGCCACGCCUACUCCAACAAGGCCACACCUCCUAAUCCCUGCAAGCAUUGCCACUCCCUAAUGACCAAGCAUUCAAAUAGAUGUGUCUAUGGGGGCCAUUCCUAUUCAAACCACCACUCCCUGUUUCUGUGGCUGAGAAGCCUAGAUUCCUGUUACCUGUUAUCUCAGCAGCACUUGCACCAAAAAAGGUCAGUGAUGGUGCUUUCUACCACUCCCCAUACAUACAUGUAUCCACACAAAAAUCACUUACUUUGUGUAUUUUACAGCAUGGAAUAAUUCUAGGCAUACCGAUUUGUCUUUCUUUUCCUUUUUUUAAAAAAGGCACACACACACACACACACACACACACACACACACACACACACACACUGUAGCUGUCUCAGACAACACCAGAAGAGGGAUCUCAUUACAGAUGGUUGUGAGCCAUCUGUGAUUGUGGUUGCUGCGAAUUGAACUCAGGACCUCUGGAAGAGCAGUCAGUGCUCUUAACCGCUAAGCCAUCUCUUCAGCCCCCAAAUAUUUUUUUUUAAGAGAAAAAAAAAUUUUUUUUUUGGACAGAGAUAGUCUUCCAAAUUUGUAAGACUCCGUUUGUAUCUAACAGCUGAAGCUUUUUCAACAAUGAAUUUAAUAAACACGGAGGAAGAGAUCUUUGUGGUUAUGCAGUGAUCAUUGAAUUCCUUAAUGUGCUUUAAUAUGCUAGGCCUGAGAAUUAGUGUGGUACCACAAGAACAGAAGACCAGCGCCCUCUUAAGGCGAAGCCAGAAAGCGCAGUAGGAACACAGAAAACUCUUUAUGCUUGGGUACCAGGGUUUGAAAGUGCAGUGUCUAUUGAUCUGGACUCAGUCUCUGAGCACCCACUGUUUGGCCGGACGACUGUACUGUGGGACUUCACUGUUUAUUGACCUGGUGUCCGGGUUUAGGAAGAAACGCUCCAAGCGUGGAUACAGACAACUGGAUCGCGUUGUCCUCGUGGUGCUGAGGAAUCAGCUCACAGCCCCUCCCAUGCUACUCACCCACUGUGCCACUGAGCUGUUCUCCCAUCCCAGGCACUUCUAGUUUUGAUAUGGUGUGCUGGCGAGAAGGGAAGAGACGCAAUACUCUUGAGUUUUCUUGCUCUUUAAUUCUACUUGUAACAGUAACGUCGACUGGGGCCUGGGGAAGACUGUAGACAACAGGCUUCAGGGGAGAAACAGCCAGGCAGAAACAGUUUGCAGCCUUCAGAUAUUGGACAUGCCAAAUAGCACAGUCUCUAGUGUUCUGUGGUGGGCUGGGCAUCAGGCCCAAUAUUUUUAUUUUUAAUGUAUUAUAUAGUAGUUUUCUAAACUUUUAAAGACAUAUUUUAUGUGUAUGGAUGUGUUGCCUGCGUGUAUGUCUGUGCAUCACGUAUGUGAAGUGUUUGGGGAGGUCAGAAGGUGUCAGAUCCCUAGGAUCUGGAGUCUGGACGAUCAUGGGUCAGCACGUAGGUGUUGAGAAUUGUACCUGGGUUUUCUACAAGAGCAACAAGUGCUCUUAACCACGGAGCCAAUUCUCCAGCCCCAAGAUUUCUAAUAUUUAAGAAUUAAAAACCACAAGCAGCAGCUGGGAACCGUGGCACACGCCUUUAUUCCCAGGUGCGGGGGCAGGUGCAGGGGUAGGGGGGCAGGCAAAUCUGUGAGUUCGAAGCCAGCCUGAUCUAUAGUGCAAGUUCCAAGGCAGACAGGGCUACACAGAGAAAUAUCAAAACCUGACCAACCAACCACACACACAAGCUGCCAUGCUCUAAGUCUCACCUCAAAGGAAGCAAUACCAUGACUGCGGGGUGUUCUCUUGGGCUGCACAAUUUUCCUUUAAGAGAUUCUUCUAGCAAUUCAAUACUUUACGGUCAAUAAUUUUUGCAUCUUAUUACAUUAUUUUUAAUUAGCUGAGGCAUCGUAGGGCUUCCGAAGCAUGAAUGAAGCUCCAAGUCUGAUCCCCUGGAUAGUGUGAAGCCAUGCAUAGGUGUGGUGUGCCUACAAUAGCAGCAUUCUGGGAGUGGAGGCUGGAGGAUCAGAAAUUCAAGGCCAUCUUCAGCUACAUGGUGAAGGCCAGUCUGGGUGUUAAGAGGUCCUGUUUCAAAAAUGAAAAUAUCGUCAAAGGUUUAAAUGUGUGUUUUCAUGUAUUUAACAUGUCCUGACACAUCAUGAAUACUGUGAAAAAAGUAAUUUCCUAUAAAGUUCACCCAGUUGGCUCACUAAAAGAAGUCUCUACUCUGGUGAUGUAUCUAGAGACUGAGCUGAACUGAAAUUAUUAAAGAUGUUUUCUAAUCGUUAUUUCUUAUUUUUCCACCUGCUUACCAGUUGUCUUCUUUGCUUUUAGAUUCCCCAAUCCUUGGGGUAGGUUCAGUGAGCUCAGGACGGUGUGGCCAACCCUGCUGAACAGCUCUGGUUUCUGUCCAGCUCUGGACUAGUGGAACAAACACUUGAUUCUUCUUCAGCCCAAAGAGGUAUUUUUAAUUCUAGGGUUUAUUCUCAUAUCCAUGAGAGACGUUACAGAUGGUAUUGGUAAAGGAUAUCAAUUUGUAAAUCCAUCAAACUUGUAAAUGAAUUGCUAGUGAAAGACCCCAGCUUAGCAGCAGUAACGCCAUUUUGCAAGGCUGUACUUAAGAUGACUGGUUCAGGGAAAGGUUAGAACACUGAGUACACAGCGGCUGCCAAGCAGGAUGUGUUUGGUUGAAGGCCUGGCAACAGGACGACUUCGGUUGAGCACCUGACAAUGAGAAAAGCCCGGGGAGAGGUCCCACACCCUGGUGGGGGGCCGAGUCAGCCGUUAUGUUCCAAGAAGGUAGCUAAGAAAUUUGCCCCCGGGCUGAACCCUUGGGGGGCCGAGUCAGCCGUUAUGUUUCAGGAAGGUAGCUAGGAAACUCGCCCCCGGGGCUAAACCCUUGCUACAUUAGAAUCCACCAAUUAUAUCCCUGUAACCAUGCAUCUGCUUCUGUAUGCUUGCUUCUGCUCCCCAGAAUCCUAUAAAAAGCCCAUCCUUGGUUCCGUGGGGCGCGCCAGUCCCCCGAGUGACUGAAGCGCCCGCAGGUGCCUGUGCCUGUGUAUCCCGACAAUAAACCAAAUCCUCUUGCUGAUUGCAUCCUGUGGUGUCUCGGUCUGGUCUUUGGAGUUGGAGGGUCUCCAUCCCGAGGGAAAGUUCUCCCUGAGAGCUUUUCACUAGGUAUUAAAAUCAUGGUUUAACUGCAUUACUGUAAAUAAAGUAAAAUAAUGUCUCUUUAAUAUUUCAUUAUUGGAGCCAUAGUAUUUAUGUAUUGAUCCUGUAUUUAUAUAUUUGAGCCAGGGUCUUGCUAUGUAGCCACUAUGCAGCCCUCACUGGCCUGGAACUCACUAUGUAGACCAGACUAAUUUCAAACUCACAGAAAUCCAUCUGCCUCCACCUCUUGAAUUCUGGGAUUAAAAUUGUGUGCCACAAUGCCUGGCUUGGAAUCACAGUCCUUAAUAACCCAUCAGUUUAAUUUAGUCAAACAUGAAAACAUAACUGGAAAUAGAAUUAUUUUGGGGUGUUGACCGGCAGUGAGCACAGCACACAGCACUCAGGUGAGAAGUAAGCAAUCCUUCCCAGCAGGUCACUUGGCAGUAACAUGCUCUACAGCUCAACCAGGCACAUAGCUUCAGUCACAGUGGCAAAUAAGCCUGGCUAUGCUCCAAUAAAGCAGCUUAAUGUUUCUGACACGGGAGUAUCAUAGCAUUCUUAAAAACAUCUUUGAAUCAUUCAAAAUGUACUAAUACCCAAGGUGGCACGUGCCUAUAACUCCAGUACUCAGGAGGCAGAGGCAGGAGGAUUACAGCUUGGAGACUAGCCUGGCCUAUACCAUGAGACCUUGUCUCAAAAAACCCAAACCUGAACCAUCAUUGUGAGCUCAAAGCACAGUGUCAAGUGAACAGGAAAGCGGUUUCUUACUUGCAUUAUUCCUGACCCUAUGACAGGUCAAUUUCUGCCACCUGGAUGGCAUGGAAAUGGAUGAAAUUUUAUUCAACCCUUCUAAGGUUGCUAGUAACGCUUGCACUAGACACUUCAAUUUAAGCACUGCUACCAGUUACAGAGAGAGCUACAUUAUACUUGAGUUUUGGACCUUUUGUUAUGUAGAUCAAGCUAACUAAAGCCCAGAGAAGCAGAGGGACAAAUUGUUGCACUUAUUGUUUUGGGGACAGUGUUCUGGACACUGAUAGAAACAUAGUCUAAGAACAGUAGACACAGAUUGGGGAUAUAUUUACAAACGGGUGUUUCUCUGAAUGGUGCUCCACUUGCUUGGUGAAUGAUUUUCACAGAAAUGAAAGAAACCAAAGUAAUGAUUUUUAAAUGCUAUCUGAAUCUAGCUGGGAAAACAUAUGAUCUCUUAUUAUAAUAGCCAUUUUAAAAAAUGAUGAAUCCGAUUAUUAUAUCUGAUUUGCCGAUUACUUCAAAGUGUAGUACACAUUUCUUUUUCAAGUAUAAAUGUUAGUUGAAGUUUUUUCUGCUUAAAAAAAAAAUCCAAAUCCAUCACAAUCCCAGACCAGGAAUCUCUUCGAGGUAACUAACUCAAAUUCCAGAUUCCUUGCAGAUACUCUCCUUUCUCUGCCUAAGUUCCCAUGGCUCCUGGGGAGCGGCCACACUUCAGAAGCAAGAGCGGUUGAUGGCCCAAGGCAAGCCCCUUCCCAGUACCUAAUUAACUCACUUUAGAAACCCGGUCCACUCCCGCACAAAGCUCCUCCCACUCGCCCGCCCACCUAAAAACUCCUCCCACUCCAUUUGCGCGCGAAGCACAGUUCGCACCCUCUUGCGAAGCAGCCCCUCCCACAAUCCCGUCUGCGUGUAGAAGCCCCACCCACUUCUCACCCGCCCGCGAAGCUCCGCCCCCUCCUGCCCGUUCCCCAACACCUUCCCUUCUUCCGUCGCUUCUCCCCAUGGCUGCCUUCCAUUGGUCAAGACGGCUAAACCGCGCAGGGAUACAGCAGCACCACAUUCUGAUUGGCUAAAGACUAAGCCGGGCCUCUUGUCAUUGGCUGACAAGAGAAACCAGCAAGAGUGGCUGUGCAGCGGGCGUGCGGCCGCUGCUUUGUUGCCGGAGGGGGCGGCGUUGGAAGUUGCAGGCUUACGGGGUCGGCAUUCUUGGGGAGUCGAGUCGCGCCGCUGUUAUCUUUCGCCCAGUAGUCUUCGGCCAGUCCCCGCCCAACAGUAGCUAUGAGCGGCGGCGUGUACGGCGGAGGUGAGUGAGCGCAGAGGCGCCUCGGGGCGUGCGGGCCGGAACGACCGGCCCGGUCCCUGGUCUCUUCCGUUUCCCUCCGGUCCUCGGCGGGCCCUUCCGGUCUUUGGCCGGUGCUUCCGGUCCCCGUUUGGGCCAUGGCCUCUCCUUCUCUUCGGACCCAGGGCCCGCGCUCAAUGAAGUUGGCGCUCUUGUUUUUGACAUUGGAUCAUAUACAGUGAGGGCUGGCUAUGCUGGUGAGGACUGCCCUAAGGUUGAUUUCCCCACGGCUAUCGGGGUGGUGCUGGAGAGAGAUGAUGGAAGCACGAUGAUGGAGAUCGAUGGUGACAAAGGCAAGCAGGGCGGGCCCACCUACUACAUAGACACCAAUGCCCUCCGAGUGCCCAGGGAGAGCAUGGAAGCCAUCUCACCGCUCAAGAAUGGCAUGGUUGAAGACUGGGAUAGUUUCCAGGCCAUUUUGGAUCAUACAUACAAGAUGCAUGUCAAAUCUGAAGCCAGUCUGCAUCCUGUUCUCAUGUCGGAAGCACCGUGGAACACCAGGGCAAAGAGAGAGAAACUGACAGAGUUGAUGUUUGAGCACUACAGCAUCCCUGCAUUCUUCCUUUGCAAAACUGCAGUUUUGACGGCAUUUGCUAAUGGUCGUUCUACUGGGCUGAUAUUGGACAGUGGAGCUACCCACACCACUGCGAUUCCAGUCCAUGAUGGCUACGUCCUUCAACAAGGCAUUGUGAAAUCCCCUCUUGCUGGAGACUUCAUUACCAUGCAGUGCAGAGAACUCUUCCAGGAAAUGAACAUAGAACUCAUCCCUCCUUAUAUGAUUGCAUCAAAAGAGGCUGUUCGAGAAGGCUCUCCAGCCAACUGGAAAAGGAAAGAGAAACUGCCCCAGGUUACAAGGUCUUGGCAUAAUUACAUGUGCAACUGCGUCAUCCAAGAUUUUCAAGCUUCCGUCCUUCAAGUGUCAGACUCCACCUAUGACGAACAAGUGGCUGCACAGAUGCCCACUGUUCACUAUGAAUUCCCUAAUGGCUACAACUGCGAUUUUGGUGCAGAGCGGCUGAAAAUUCCUGAAGGAUUAUUUGACCCUUCCAACGUAAAGGGACUAUCUGGGAACACAAUGCUGGGAGUCAGUCACGUUGUCACAACAAGUGUUGGAAUGUGUGACAUUGACAUCAGACCAGGUCUCUAUGGCAGUGUGAUCGUAGCAGGAGGAAACACCUUAAUACAGAGUUUCACGGAUAGGUUAAAUAGAGAGCUUUCUCAGAAAACUCCGCCGAGUAUGCGGUUGAAACUGAUUGCAAACAACACGACGGUGGAGCGGAGGUUCAGCUCGUGGAUCGGCGGCUCCAUCCUAGCAUCUUUGGGUACCUUUCAACAGAUGUGGAUUUCCAAACAGGAAUAUGAAGAAGGAGGGAAGCAGUGUGUAGAAAGAAAAUGCCCUUGAGGGCUCCACCCUGCCUGCCCAUCACCUCACGUCUGUAGCUUUAGGACACUCAGGAAAAGAUGACCAUCUUUUGUAGAAUGUUUAUACAUGUUUGCAUAUUUCAAUUUCCACUUAAAUUUUUUAAGGCUUUAACUGGCUCUAUAAAUUAAAUGAGUUUGUGCUUUCCUUGAGAUGCACUUAUUCUUAUUACAGGCAUUUUAUAAUUUUGUAUGAAUGUCUAUUUUCUCUAAAUAUUUUGCUUUCAGUAAGUACUUUCCAGCUCUCCUGUGGGUUGGUGGAAUUACUCUUUAUUGACUAGUAAAAGUUACUGCCUAUGCUUUUUACCUUAGGCUUACAAAAUUAAAUAAAAAUCACUACUGUCCUAAAA